GAGCGGCUCGGAGCCCGCGUCCGCCGCCUCAAGUUCUCCCGGGGCGCCACUGCAGCCUGCCCAAGGUCCCGAGCUGCUCGACCGACGUGGAGCCGGCGUCUCUCCGCUUCCUCCGGGGCCGGCGCAGCGGCACGGCCGGCGAGGCUCCCCCUGGGCGCGUGGGGACCCGGCCAUGGGCCGCGGUGCGGGUUGGCCGCCCGCCGGGAGGCAUGGCUCGGGGGCCGGCCGCUAGCAGCGCCGCAGCCCGGGCGCCCGGGCCGGCAUGAGGACGGCCGCGGGGGGACGAGUGCGGCCCUCGGGGCCGUAGCCUGCGUCGCGCCGGGGACAAAGAAGCCAUGCAGUGACACCUGCUAAGACUUGUUGGUAGCCAUGUCGGAGCCCCACAGGGUCCAGUUCACCUCUCUCCCAGGUUCUCUGAAUCCUGCAUUUUUGAAGAAAUCCCGGAAAGAGGAGGUUGGGGGAACAGAACAGCAUCAGGACUCUGAGCCGGCUGCAGCAGCUGUUCGGAUUACACUCACCCUCUUUGAGCCAGAUCACAAGCGCUGUCCAGAGUUCUUCUACCCGGAGCUGGUGAAGAACAUACGAGGGAAGGUGAAAGGCCUUCAACCUGCAGACAAGAAGAAAGAUCUCUCAGAUCCUUUCAAUGAUGAAGAAAAGGAAAGGCAUAAAGUGGAGGCCCUUGCCCGGAAAUUUGAAGAAAAAUAUGGUGGAAAGAAACGUAGAAAAGAUCGGUUACAGGACCUGAUUGACAUGGGGUACGGUUACGAUGAAUCUGACUCCUUCAUCGAUAAUUCUGAGGCGUAUGAUGAGCUUGUUCCUGCUUCUUUGACUACAAAGUAUGGAGGAUUUUACAUUAACUCUGGAACCCUGCAAUUUAGACAAGCAUCAGAAUCUGAGGAUGACUUCAUUAAAGAAAAGAAGAAAAAAUCUCCAAAGAAGCGGAAGUUGAAGGAAGGUGGUGAGAAGAUAAAGAAGAAGAAAAAAGAUGACACUUAUGACAAGGAGAAGAAAUCGAAAAAGUCCAAGUUUUCCAAAGCCGGCUUCACGGCCCUCAAUGCCAGUAAGGAGAAGAAGAAAAAGAAAUAUUCUGGGGCUUUGAGCGUUAAAGAGAUGCUAAAGAAAUUUCAGAAGGAGAAGGAGGCUCAGAGAAAGAGGGACGAAGACCAUAAGCCUGUAGCGGUCUCGUCGGUGGAAGCUCAGGGCCUGCGGGAAUUGGAGGGCACCUCUGACCCCUUGCUCUCGCUCUUUGGCUCCACUUCUGACAACGACUUGCUCCAGGCAGCCACUGCCAUGGACUCGCUGACUGAUUUGGACUUGGAGCAGCUGCUUAGUGAGUCUCCAGAAGGAAGCCCCUUCCGUGAUAUGGAUGAUGAGAGCGAUUCCCUUGGGGUGGGACUGGACCAGGAAUUCAGGCAGCCCUCUUCCCUCCCUGAAGGCCUGCCUGCACCCCUGGAGAAGCGCGUUAAGGAGCUGGCUCAGGCUGCCAGAGCUGCUGAAGGAGAGAGCAGACAGAAGUUCUUCACCCAAGAUGUUAAUGGCACCCUCUUAGACAUAGAGGUGCAAACUCGGGAGCUGAGUAGCCAAAUCCGUUCUGGGGUGUAUGCCUAUCUUGCUUCAUUCCUGCCCUGCAGCAAGGACACCCUGGUCAAACGUGCUCGGAAACUUCACCUCUACGAACAGGGGGGGCGUCUGAAGGAGCCUCUCCAGAAGCUUAAGGAAGCCAUUGGAAGGGCAAUGCCAGAGCAGAUGGCCAAGUACCAGGAUGAAUGCCAGGCACACACACAAGCCAAGGUCGCUAAGAUGCUGGAAGAGGAGAAGGACAAGGAGCAGAGGGAGCGGAUGUGCUCUGAUGAGGAAGAAGAUGAGGAAAAGGGGGGCAGGAGGAUAAUGGGACCCCGGAAGAAGUUCCAGUGGAAUGAUGAAAUCAGGGAGCUGCUCUGCCACGUGGUGAGGAUAAAGCUGGAGAGCUACGAUCUGGAGAGGAACAACAGGACCCAGUCUUGGGAGGACUAUGUGAAGGCCUUUCUGGAUGCUGAGGUCAAACCUCUGUGGCCCAAAGGCUGGAUGCAAGCCAGGACUCUGUUUAAGGAGAGCAGACGAGGCCAUGGGCACUUGACAUCAAUCCUGGCCAAGAAAAAAGUAAUGGCCUCUUCCAAAAUCAAGAUGAAGGAAUCAUCUACUAAGCCUGAUAAAAAGGUUUCCAUCCCACCAGGCCAGAUUGGCGGCCCCCUGGCUUUGCCUUCAGAACACCCAGGAGGAGGCCUGAGCACUGGGGCUGCAAACAGGGAGCUCUCAGCCCAGGCAUCUGGCAGCCUUGCUAAUCCUGCUCCUAUCAACCUGGAGGACUCGUUGGAUGGAGACUUGAUCCGUAAUUCAGCCUCCUCAUUGGAGGUGGUGUCUAAGGAACUGGCUGUGCUGAGCAGCAGAGCAGGUGGGAGCUCUGAGUUCCCACUGCCGGCACCCUCAAAAGCACCUGCAGAGAAGAUGGUGGGCGUCGUGUGUUCAGAAGAGAAGAGGAACUUUCCAAAGCCCAGCCCUUCUGCCCCACCAGCCUCUAGUUCCCUGCAGUCUCCCCUCAAUUUUCUGGCCGAACAGGCUUUGGCACUGGGGCAGUCCUCUCAGGAGACAAAACCAGAGAGCUCUGGCUACAAAGAGCUGUCCUGUCAGGCCACGCUCAGCAAGGGCCUGUCGGAAGUGCACCAGUCCAAAGCAAAGCACCAUGGCUUGCCACGGACGCCUCAUGCACCCCAGGCGGCAGCUCCUGUGCCUGGCCCCCAAGUCAAAGUCUUUCAUGCAGGCACUCAACAGCAAAAGAGCUUCACCCCUCCAGCUCCUUUUGUCAAUAAGCUCCAGGGCCCAAAGCCUUCCUCCCCGCAGUGCCAUCGUUCCCUCCUCCAGCUUGUGAAGACAGCAACCAAGGGCCAGAGCUUCCAUCCCUCCACGCCGGCCUCUUCAGGAGGCACACCAGCCUCUAGCAGCAACUCUCAUAAGACCCCAGCCUCGUCCUCCACUGCCCUGAGCCAUCCAGCAAAACAGCACUCAGCCAGCUCUUCAGGGCCAUCUUACAAGAAUAGUCCCUUUGCCAGCUCGGUCUCUAAACACGGGGUUUCUUCUGGCAGCUCUUCCUCUGGAGGAACACCAGUCCAGAGCUCUGCUUCCGGGAACCUGCUCCCCGGCGUACAACCUCCCUCCACAGGACCGUCUGCCAGCAGACCUGUCCCAGGCUCUGCAGUGAAAAAACCACCUGUUUCCCAGAAGCUGACCCUGGUGGCCCCUCCGGGUGGUCCAAGUGGAGACUCCAGUGGUGGGACCCAGGGAGUGGCAAAGCUACUGACCUCCUCCCUGAAGUCCAGCGCGGUUAGCAGCGUGACAUCGUCUACCUCCUUGCCAAAAGGAACGAGUGGGGCUGUGCUGCUGGCCAGCUCCUCGCCCUUAAAUCUGCUGUCUGCAUCCUACAAGUCCGGCAGCCCAAAACUGCCCGGAGCCAUGAACUCCAGCUCCCUGGGGAUCAUCUCCCAGUUUCCCCUCCACGUGCUCUCCUUCAGCGCCGAGUCCUCUGCGAAAGCAGGGGUUUCCAAGGAUGCCAUCGUCACGGGUCCUGCCCCUGGGACAUUCCACCACGGCCUCAACCAUAGUCUCCUGGCUGGCUUGCACUCCAGCCCACCCCGUGCAGCGCCUCUCCCACACGCUGCCGUGUCCACCCACAUCCCGCAGAGUCUGCCAGAUGCUUCUCAACUUCAUGGAAAAGGGCCCGGUGUACCACGGAAAUUGUGAUCUCUUCAGAGGAAAGGCCCGACUAACUUAGGUCUGGGCGGAAGCUGAACAAGUAGGUCUCAGAAACUGGAUAAUCACUAUGCUCUUUCUGCCCCAAUUGGCUUUCUUCUGGAGAAGGUGUUAGUGCUAAGUGGAGCAUCUCUUGGCACUGUGAUGUGCCUUCUGUUAGGGGAGCAGCCCUGGGCUUCUCCGGAGGCACGGACUGGCGUGGUGCUCUGGGCUGCGCAGCUGUGUCAUGGACAAUCGUUGGAGGGGCAGCUCUGGGCUGGGGUGCGCGCUGGGUCAUGUACGAAGCUCUGGUGUCAGGGCGGAGCAGUUGGCACACAUGCUUUAAAUCCACCUGACCCCUGGCAUUUGGUCAGAGUACCUCAUGGUGCCCUAGUGGUCAGGGACUCCUUCUGGCCACAGUGGGAUCCCUGGAUGGUCAUGGUGUCUGUCCCAUCCUCAGGCUGUGUGCUCAACAGGACAAAAACCUCCCAGCUAACACAACAGCUGGGAGACUUACCUUACCUUGUUUUUUUGGAAAAAUACUCAGAACACCUAACGUGUGCUCAUCAUGGUGGGGGCCAGCAUCUCUGCUGAACGUGACAAUGAAGCUCUUUCAGAGAAAAGACCUUUGUAGAUUCAACAGUUGUGACAGGAUUUUUAAAGACACUUAUUUUGGUCCAGAUUUCAUCAUUACCAUUAAUGCAUUGGAUAGAAUGGGACUGCUUUUCGCAUGUCAUAUUAUAGUAAGACAUAAUUCCAGUGCCUUUAUGGUGGAGCAGAAUUAGACACACGUCCAUUCAGCCCUCUGGGUGGAUCUCAGAUGAAGACUUUUUUAAAAGAUAUGUCUGUAUUUAAGACAUAGCCAGUUUGAGUUUUUUACAGUUGCACAUCAUAAUCUGUGCCGUCCUGACUUGAAGGUCAUCUGGGCCCCCAAAUCCCAAGUCCCAGUACAGCCAGGGCCCUCAUUUUAUUUGAGUUCAUACAGGUGGACUGCAGAGCCCCAAAGCCCUUCAUCUUUUGGAGGGCCAAGGAUAUGAGGGGUUCCAAGUCACAGACAUUCCAGUUUGUUUUGUUUAGAAACCAUUGUCAGGCAGAGCUGCAGGAACAGACCUCUGUGAAGCGUCUGCCAUGUAGAAACAGGCUCGCCGUCCUGGAGCUCUCCACGCAGCAGGGCUGGGCUUUGACUUAAGGGUGGCACGCCAGUAAGCUUGGAGAGUGCGCCAGAGACAGACUAGGACAGCUACCGCGGAGCGCACUCAGCCAGCGGCUGCUUCACGAGGAUGGUUAGGGCACUUGCCUGUCCCGUGAAGUGUGUACCACAAGGCGUGUCUGAACUGACUGCUUCAGCUAAAUGAUUGCAAUUAUGUUAAGAGUAAUCCACCUCCUCAGAAUGUACACCUGUGUGGAGACACAGGCAGCUCUCUUGGUUCCUGCCUUCCAGGGUAUAGUGCUCAGUAACUCAGUUCAUGCAGAGGUUUGCCCGGGUUCCAGUGGAGCAACACCUCUGUCAGCUGUCCGGCUAGGCCUCUGCUGUUUAUUUGGUUUUUUUCUUUUUUCUUCUUUUUUAAACGUAAGAACCAACAUGUGUUUCACAUCGGGCUAGAGUGGAUUCCUUAUCCCUUCAUUGUACCUAUUUUUUGCAACUUGGGUUUCCAGUUUGUUUACAGAAUAGUCUUAGGUAGUAGCAAAAGAGCCAAAGAAGAGAUUUGUAUUGCUGAGCUCAGAGCCGCGCAGAGGCCGCCCGUGAACACUGAGCAGUGGGAACUCUCCAGGUUUCUCCACCCGAGAACACCCAAGGUCUCCCUUCCCUGCAGCGCUCCCUCCUCCCCAUGUACCAUUGAGUGUGCAGCUGGAGCAGAAUACCCUCAUUUUUAGGAAUCUAGUGAUGCCUCUUGCCUCAGGGAAACGUUUCUUUGAUGGGGAGUUUAUGAGAUUUGUUUUUCUUGUUUAUGCUUUAUUUGUGGUAACGAAAGAGUGAAUGACUUACACAGCCACAGCCUUUGCACCCGGCAGGCAGAGCGGGCUCCGGGGCGGGGGAGGUGGGGGUGCUGCCCUCGGUGCAGCCGCUCCUGAGGUGUGAGAGGGGCUGUGGCUUUUGUUCAGCGAGACUAUGUUGGUGUUGGGGGGUGGUGUGGAAAUUGUUAAUCUUGUAUAAAGCAACUCAAUAAAUUGUUUCAAG